ACGGCAAAAGUGAAAGAGCGCCGAGUGACAGUGAAUUUUCUACACCGGAUGAAAUGGCAUUUCACUUGCAAAAGUUCCUCUCGCAAUUUACCAAUCUCUCAAAAUCGAUUUCAACUAGACAAUUUUCUGUUUCGUCGUGCUUAAGAGAAAAGUCUCUUUUUAAAUGGGAUGAUCCAUUAUGUUUGGAAAGCCAAUUAACACCUGAUGAAAUUAUUAUCAGAGAUCAAUUCAGGACCUACUGCAAGGAAAAACUGUUACCUCGGAUUGUGGCAGCGAAUAGAAAUGAAUUCUUUGAUUUAAAUAUAAUGAAGGAAUUAGGUUCUAUGGGAGUUAUUGGUUGCACUUUGAAAGGCUAUGGUGCUGCUGGAGUUUCUAACGUGGCUUAUGGACUCUUAGCGAAAGAAAUUGAAGAAAUCGACAGUGGCUAUAGAUCAGCCUUCUCUGUACAAUCUUCACUAGUUGCUGGAGCCAUUUAUUCUUAUGGUAGUGAAGAGCAGAAACAAAAAUUUCUACCAAAACUGAUCUCUGGUGAUUUGAUUGGUUGUUUUGGAUUAACUGAACCAAAUCAUGGCAGCGAUGCAGGAUCCUUGGAAACGAGAGCCAGACUUGAUGCGAGUACAAAAUAUUAUAAAUUAAGUGGCAGUAAAACGUGGAUCACUAACUCACCCAUAGCAGACAUAAUGAUUAUUUGGGCGAAAGACGACUGCGGUGAAAUUAGAGGGUUCAUUGUUGAAAGAGAAGGAAAUGAAGGUCUAGUGUCCACUCCAAAGCUUAAUGGAAAAUUCUCAAUGAGAGCUUCGAUGACUGGAAUGAUUUUGAUGGACGACGUUAUGGUACCGGCAGAAAAUAUGUUGCCUUAUGUAAAAGGUCUGAAGGGACCUUUUGGAUGUCUCAAUAAUGCCCGAUAUGGAAUUGCAUGGGGUGCACUUGGUGCAGCUGAAUCGUGUUUAAAAUUGUCGAGACGCUAUGUAUUAGACAGAAACCAAUUUAACAGGCCUUUAGCAGCCAACCAACUUGUGCAAAAGAAAUUGGCAGAUAUGAUGACAGAAAUUGCAAUCGGUCUUCAAGCUUGCUUGAGAGUUGGAAGAUUGAAGGAUGAAAACAAAGCGACCCCAGAGAUGAUUUCUAUGCUCAAAAGGAAUUCUGCUGGAAAAGCACUCAACAUUGCAAGAAAAGCCAGAGACAUGUUAGGCGGAAAUGGCAUAUCAGAUGAGUACCACAUUAUAAGGCAUGUAAUGAAUUUGGAAUCAGUAAACACAUACGAAGGAACAAGCGAUAUUCAUGCUCUUAUCCUUGGAAGAGCCAUAACUGGGAUUUCUUCUUUUUCUGGAUAAACACAUUUAGAAUUAUUAUGAUGCGUUGAAAGACUUGAUUAUAAAUAAGUGUAUAAAAAAUAUUUCUAAUUUCCUUUCAAGUUUCCUUCGAGGAACUAAAACCUUAUCACUUAUUGUAAAUAUUUUUUUAU